AAGGGGAGGGGUGUGUGGCGCGGCCACACGUGGAGCCGGGCCCAGCAUGGCGCGGAGCGGGCGGCUCCGUUUGGGCGCCGCCGCCAAGCUGAAGCGGUGGCGGAAGGGCCACAGCAGCGACUGCAACCCCGAGACCCGCCGGCACCGCCUGGCCGCUCGCAGCCGCUUCUUUAGCCGGCCCGCCGAGAAAAGCAACUUGACGGUGGAUGCGGUGAAGCUGCACAAUGAGCUGCAGUCGGGGUCACCGCGUUUGGAACGGACAACUGACAGCGCUCAGCUCCGCAUGGAGGAGGAUGAUACCGCGGAGGCCGCCACAGAAAAGUCCUCCGGCACCUUCCUGAGUGGGCUGAGUGACUGCACCAAUGUCACCUUCAGCAAGGUGCAGCGCUUCUGGGAAUCCAAUUCUGCUGCUCACAAAGAGAUCUGCGCUGUGCUGGCAGCCGUGACAGAGGUGAUCCGCUCACGGGGGGGCAAGGAGAGUGAGACAGAGUACUUUGCUGCACUGAUGACCACACUGGAAGUGGUGGAGUCUCCUGAGUCACUGUCAGCUGUUGCCUACCUGCUUAACCUUGUCCUAAAGCGGGUUCCAAGCCCUGUGCUUAUAAAAAAGUUCUCAGAUGCCUCAAAAGCCUUAAUGGGUAUCGUGUCCUCACAGGCCUGCAGCAGCUCCACCUCUGCCCUGCGAUGGGUCCUCUCUUGCCUGGCCACACUGCUGCGGAAGCAGGACUUGGCAGCCUGGAGCUACCCCAUCACUCUCCAGGUCUAUCACGGCUUGCUGAGCUUCUGUGUUCAUACCAAGCCUAAGGUGCGGAAAGCGGCGCAGCAUGGGGUGUGCUCUGUCCUGAGGGGCAGCGAGUUCAUGUUUGGAGAUGCAGCACCUGAGCAUCACCCUGCAGCACCCUCCACCGCCAAGUUCUGCGUGCAGGAGAUAGAAAAAGCUGGAGGCACCAAGGAGGCAACCACCACCCUGCACGUCCUCGCCCUGCUGCGGGACCUGCUGCCCUGCUUCCCUGCAGCUGUGGUGAAGACCUGCUGUGAGACCUUGCUCCGAGUCAUGACUCUCAGCCACACGCUGGUGACAGCGUGUGCCAUGCAAGCCUUCCACAGCCUCUUCAGUGCCCAGGCCAGUGAGGCCUGCCUGCCAGCUGAGCUCAAUGGCCAGAUCAUCACCGCCCUCUACGACUAUGUGCCCAGCGUGAGUGACCUGCAGCCACUGCUGACCUGGCUGUCCACCAUGGAGCGGGCGCACAUCAACCUGGGCAGGCUGCAGAAGGACCUGUGCUGGGCUCACCUCCCCCGGCUCUUCUCUGCAGCUAUGAACUGCUUCCUCUCCCCGCACUCCCAAGUGGUGGCGACAGCAGCUCAGACCCUGGAGACCCUCCUCAGCGAGUGUGUUGGUCCGCACAUGGAGGACCUGGGCACAGUCUCUGCAUCCGCCCCAGCCCCUGCUGCCUACCUGUGCAAGAUGUUCAGAUCAGUGGAGGAGGGCCUGACGUACCGUUUCCAUGCAGCAUGGGAUGAGGUGCUGCGGGUGCUGGAGGUCUUCUUCGAGACGUGUGGGAAGCAGUGCCACCCCAUCAUGAGGAAGUGUCUCCGGUCCCUGUGUGACCUGCGUCUCUCCCCACACUUCCCCCACACUGCUGAAGUGGACCAGGCAGUGGGGGCUGCUGUGAGCACCAUGGGUCCUGAGGUGCUCCUAGAAGCUGUGCCCCUGGAAAUCGAUGGCAAGGAGGAGACCCUGGAUUUUCCCCGUAGCUGGCUCCUGCCGGUGCUGCGGGACUAUGUGCAGGGUGCGCAGCUUGGCUUCUUCACCAGCUACUUCUUGCCCUUGGCAGCUGCCCUAAAAAGCAGAGCUGUGGAGUUUACCCAGGCUGGGAAGAGUGUGGAGGCCAAGAUCUAUGACACGCUGCAGUGGCAGGUCUGGACCCUGCUGCCUGGCUUCUGCACCCACCCCACGGAUGUGCUGGGGGCCUUCAAGGGGCUGGCCCGCACGCUGGGCAUGGCCAUCAGUGAGCGUCCAGACCUCCGUCCCACCGUGUGCCAGGCCUUGCGCACCCUCAUCCACAAAGGCUGCGAGACAGAUGCGGAGCGGGCAGAAGUGGGUCGCUUUGCCAAAAAUUUCCUGCCCAUCCUGUUCAACGUGUACAGCCAGCCUGAGGAGGAUGGGGCCAGCAGUGCUCAGCGGCGCUCUGUGCUGGACACUGUCCGUGCUUACCUGACCAUCACUGACCCGCAGAUGGUGUGUGGGUUCCUGCAGAAAGCCAGCGUGAAGCUGACCAGUCCUGAGAGCUCUGAAUUUACCAGACUCUCCAUUCUGGACCUGGUGGUAGCAAUGGCACCCUAUGCUGAUGAGCAGUCCUUAGAUUCCUUGUACCGCACCAUCCAGCCUUCCCUCCAGAGCAAGGAGCGUAGCAUGCAGAAGAAGGCGUACCGUGUGCUGGAGGAGGUGUGUGCCGCUCCCCAUGCCCCCUGCCAGGCCUUCGUCCGCUCCCACCUGCAGGAUCUGCAGGCAGCGCUGCUGGACUCACUCAAGAGCGCGGCAUCCCCGGCCAAGAGGCCUAGGCUGAAGUGCCUGUUCCACAUUGUGAAGCAGCUCUCUGCUGAGCAUGAGCCCUUUGUCACUGCCCUGGUCCCAGAGGUCGUCCUGUGCACCAAGGAGGUAUCGGUGGGGGCCCGCAAGAAUGCCUUUGCGCUGCUUGUGGAGAUGGGGCAUGCCUUCAUCCGCUUUGGGCCCACCCCCCAAGAGGCCAUGCAGCGAUUCCUGCUCCUGAUCUACGUGGGGCUCACAGGCUCAGUCACCAUGAUCAGCUGCACGGUGCUGGCACUGACUCGCCUGUUCUUUGAGUUCAAAGAUCACCUAGAGCUGAGCGUGGUGGAGCAGCUCCUGCAGAACAUCUGCCUGCUGCUGGUCUCCCGCACGCGGGAUGUGGUGAAGUCGGCCCUGGGUUUCCUCAAGGUCACACUGCUGCUGGUAGACACCAAGCUGCUGGCCAAGCAUGUCCAGACGAUGCUGGAGGCUGUGGGAAACCUUUCAGACGACAUGAGACGGCACUUCCGUAUGAAGCUGCGAAACCUUUUCAUCAAGUUCAUCCGCAAGUUUGGAUUUGAUCUGGUGAAGGGGCUGCUGCCAGCCGAGUACCAUAAGGUGCUGGUGAACAUCCGCAAGGCAGAAGCCCGGAGCCGCAAGCAACGUGCCCUGAGGCAGGCGGCCGCGGAUACCGACGAAGAGGAGGCACCACCAGCACAUCCCAGAGGAGACAGCAUGGAGGAGAUCCUGGCUGACUCAGAGGAGGAGGAGGAGGAAGAGGAGGAACGGCAGAGGAGCAAGGAGUGGAGGAAGCAAGCACGGCAGAAGGGCCAAGCCUGGCUGAAGGAAGGGGAAGAGGAUGAGCCCCUCAACUUCCUGGACCCCAAUGUGUCCCAGCGGGUCCUGGCCACCAAGCCAGGCCCCAGGCGGUCCACGGGAGUGAGCCAUGACUUCCAGGUGUCCGAGGACGGGCGUCUGAUCAUCCAUGAAGAAGAGGAGGUGGACGAUGAUGAAGCCAAAGGAGCAGAUGAGGAGAUGGCAGAUGUGCUGCAAGAUGUGGGUCUCCGCAGUAAGAAGAGCCAGAAGCGUCGGUUCAGAGAGGAACCAGAUGAUGAGGAACUCGAAGCUGAGACCUACCCUCAGUACAGAGCUGGAGGCUCUGGGAUCCACCGGCAGCUGAACAAGGAGCCAGUCUUCGGUGCAGAGUACAGAUCCAAGAAAGGUAAAGGCGACGUGAAGAAGAAAGGCCAGCUCGACCCCUACGCCUACAUCCCCCUGAACAGAGCUAAACUCAACAGAAGGAAGCGGGCAAAAAUGCAGGGCCAGUUCAAGGGCCUGAUGAAGGGAGCCCAGCGUGGGGCCAAGGCUGGCCGCAGGAACCGUCUGAAGGCCCAACGCCCCUGAGGAGCAUCAGGUGCUUGGCCUGCACCUGCCCAAGGACAGACAACACCCUGUGGCCUCUGGGCACCGGGGGUUGAGGGCUUUGUGAGUAGAGCAGUGGGGACUCCUGCAGAAAGUGGCCCGUGUCUGUUUGAGAUUCCCUGGGAAACCACUCUGUUGUAUUACAAACUCAUGGCCCAAGCCCUGCCCUCCUGUACCUGGAGGAAGGUGCUGGGUUGUGUGGUGCAGGGGUAUGUGUGAGAGUGAGUAAUGUGUAAUUAAUUCCCUGUGUUGAUAAAUACCCACUGUUCCUACCCAGCCCAGAUUCCUCCUCUCCUCUUAAGAGCUGUGCAGACUUGUGCUCUGCCUGCUGCCCUGUGCAGCAAGUCCUGCUGCUGCUGCAGCACUGUGCCCCACGGGGCUCACCCCUACAUCAGCAUGGGACCUGCAGCUGGAGCCCUCUCCCCAGCGUGGCGCUUGCCUAGGGGCUGUCAGGAGCAGCACUGCAGCACAGAGCAGUGAGGCAGUUCCCGUGUCCUGUGCCCUUCCGGCACAUGUGCAGUAGGGGUGAGUUGUCGAACUGGCCAAAGAAAGAAGCCAGAGAUGGUGAAGUCCUUUGCUUAUAACCAGCGUUCUUAUACAAGCUCCCUCUUGGCAGUGUCUUCUGCCCUAAACUGUGGGCCAGGGAAUCUGUGCCACAGGGGGAGUCCCUGCCAUUUGGCAGCCACUGGUUUGUCCUGCCUCAGCUUUUCCUUUUCCUGUAUCAACCAUGCCUGGUUGUGGGGCAUGAACUGUUCACUGCAUAUUUCUUCAAACUGACUGGAAAACUGCUACUGCAAACCUCUGUGCCUUGCCCUUUCCUUUAUCCUUGAGAGCUGGGAGAAGCCUUUUCCUCUGUUCUGACCACCUGCCAGUAGACCUGAGCAGUGCAAAUAAUCCUUUUUAGCUUCCCAGACAUCUCAAGUUAGCCUGAGCAUCUGGUUUUGCCCAGUUACUUCUGCACUGAGCCCGAAAGACCGUGUUUGGCCAAAGCAUGUUGAAGAGAAUGAAGCUGAGGGUAGUAGAUACAGGUGCCAUUGUUUACACUGCAAAGAACAUGUAUUUGUGAAUGUAGCUGGCUUUCCCUUCAUCUUCUGUAUUAAAAAGCCUUUAGUCCUUUGUCAUUUCCUUCUAUGGUAGAUUACACACUGGAAUUGUAACACUUCUCAGUCUCCUAAUAAGCUAAAGGGAUUGUGCUUGUUCAGCCUCUUACUGCAGGCUUCUUUCUGGAGGCUGCAAAUCCAGUUUUGUGGUGCUGUCAUGUGCUUUUUGGUUUUUUCCAAGAUCCUUAUAAAAGCCUGGGGGUAGAGGAGGAGCUCUUGUACUGGUCUUGGUCCUGCCUUGUCAGGAGCACUUUUCCCUUCCUGCUUCCCCACCCAGGGCUCUCACUUGAGCCCCAGGGCCAUGUUGAGCUGCUGCUGCUGCUUUAAUCCUGCCAGAACCCACAGCCUGGCUUAUGGAACAGUCAUCUCCAGCAGCACCUCCUGACUAUGUUCAGUCAGCAGGAGCUAUAUCCAUAAUUUUCUGCUGUCUGCAGCCUUGGCCUGAUGCCCUCCCUCCCCUGAAAGCAGGGCAGGGGGAAACAGGCAUCAGUCACCUUCUGAGCCCUCGACACCUGUAACAUGGCUCCAGACUCACCAGAGCUAUCUGUCUUCCUGCUUUCUCUUCUCUCCUUGGAGACAGGGAGUGAAGAAGGCUGUGGCUAAUUCAUUUAAAAGCUCCAGAUUACUCACUGUAUUGUUCUUCAUUUGCAUGUUGUUGCUUAAAUUAGUGCAUGCCUGUGUGGAACAGAAGAGUUUCAUUAGCACAGAGGAUGGUGUUCGCCUGAGCCAGUGUUCAGAGAACAGAUUCUUCUGCAACAACAUCUUGUUAAUCAGCUAAUUAAUCAUGUAAUGCAAUAGAAACCCUUGGAGAGGAGACGUCAUCCUGCCCAGGGAGGCUGGCUGUGAGUCAAGCCUGCUCCCCACCAGCAGCUGUUCCUGGCAGGGAGCACAGCUACAUCUUGGGGGCCUGCAGAAGCCUGAGCACAGCUCUCUGCUGUGGGGCAGAGUGAGGGAUGAUGUGGGGUCCUGCCUCCUGCAGGUAGGAGCCACAAAUAUUUUGCAGUUAACCACAGAGAAGCGCAAGAUGAGGAUCUGGAGUAAUUCUUGGCUUUUGUUGCUCAAGCUAGGAGGUGGCUGGAGGCUAUUUCUUCACCCAGCAUGCCAUUAAACCAUGCGACUCCUUUCUACAGGCUACAGCAGGCACCAACAGUGUUACCAGUGUUCAGUUACACUUGUGCAGGAAAUUGUCACAAAGGGCUCUUAUCCUUGCAGAUACCAUCUGCAAAGUGGGAGGUCUCCAAGUCGUGCACUGCAGGUGUACUAGGCGUACUUGAGGAGAGGCUGGCAGGACUAACAGGCUCCUCCUGGUGCUGGCUCGGUGGGCCCUGGACCAUCUGGGACAGGUGCAGAUGCCUACCCUCAGUCUUAAGGCUUAAAAUCAGGAAGAGAUGGAAAACACCAUUGUUUCCUUAACCUAGAAGCUACCUGCCUGGGUUGGGUCCACUGUGGCUUGCCGCUGAGAGGGACAGGUGUGCCCUGUGGGGCGGUGUCCAUGCAGCAUCCAGCUGGACCAUCACCUCUUCCUCUGAGCAUAAUGCAGUGCCUUUGGGGCUCCCCGCAGGCACAGCAGAGUCUCCCCAGUUCAAAGUCAGGAUUCAGCACACACCAAGGUGGAGGGAUGGGAAAACCCUCCUGGGGGCAGCGAUCUAAGAGGAACCUCCCUGUGCAUGCCAAAAUGAUUGGCGGCAAGAUAAUUAAGCGUGGAAGUUUAAAAUGCCAAGGGACCACUCCAGCUGAAAUCUAGUCAAUUAAAAAAAUGUCAGAUUAAUUCCUAGUCCCCUCAACACUCUGAUCUACAGCUUUACUUGUUUCUAAAAAGUUGUCUGUCUUGGUUUCUACCUGAACAGUGUGUGCAACUUCAGGUGCAGCGAGUGUGCAGGGCCACAGGGACCGUGGCUGGGGACAGGGCAGGUGCUUCCACCCACAAAAGGGGAAGAAAAAAAAAUUUAACUUUUAACUUUAAAAGAAACACUUUUCCACUG